GAACUGUGCCACUUGCAGUGAAACGUUUCUGGAUCUACCUUCAGCGCGUAUAUAAUAUAACCACACCACCCAAUUCAGUUAGCGCACAAACGCAUUUAUUCUCGCUCUAUGUUUGAAGGCCGUGGUCUUUUUCUAGACUCUCAUUGUUGGGUGUGCGUGUGGGCCUCGCCAUUUGUUUUUCUGGGAGAAGGGGGUCCUGUUCUGGUGAAAAAGGAAAGAGACUUAGAGAGAACUAGAGAGUGUGAGAGAGCGAAAGGGGUGAAUCCGAGCGUAGAGCUGCGUGUUUUGAAGUACAGGCUUUGCGGACUGGAGGCCCUCCCGAGUUAACUAACUUAGCUAGCUGUGAGAACAGAAGACAUGGCGAACAUCGCGGUCCAAAGGAUCAAACGGGAGUUUAAAGAAGUGCUGAAAAGCGAAGAGACAAGUAAAAAUCAGAUAAAGGUAGACCUAGUGGAUGAAAAUUUCACAGAAUUAAAAGGGGAGAUUGCAGGACCUCCAGACACACCAUAUGAAGGGGGCAGAUAUCAACUAGAAAUCAAGAUCCCGGAGACGUAUCCUUUCAAUCCGCCCAAGGUGCGGUUUAUUACAAAGAUUUGGCAUCCUAACAUAAGUUCAGUUACUGGGGCGAUAUGUUUGGACAUUCUGAAAGACCAGUGGGCUGCAGCGAUGACCCUGCGUACAGUUCUGCUCUCGCUACAGGCUUUACUAGCAGCAGCAGAGCCAGAUGACCCGCAGGAUGCUGUAGUAGCCAAUCAGUAUAAACAGAAUCCAGAGAUGUUCAAACAGACUGCUCGACUGUGGUCUCACGUUUAUGCUGGCGCUCCCAUCUCUAGUCCUGAAUACACACGCAAAAUAGACAAACUCUGUGCCAUGGGUUUCGACAAAAAUGCAGUAAUAGUAGCUUUGUCUUCGAAGUCUUGGGACGUAGAGACGGCAACAGAACUGUUGCUUAGCAACUGAGACUUCAUCAUCAUCACUAGGCCAUGAUUUCACUAACCACCUCUACCCCUUAAAAGAAACUGCUCUUUCUGCCCUGUAUUCGUCCACGCACUCAUCCAAGCAUGUAGAGAUCACCUCAAAGUAGCAGAGCUGAUCUAGAGCCAGAUUGGUCCAUCUGUAAUUAUUUUUAUAAAAUAAUUUGUAAAGAGUAAAACCUGCAAUAGAAACACAAUACUACAUGAGUUCAUGUCCUGGAGGACUAUAACGCUACAAAGCUUAGUGGUCCUUGCCCUAAUGCCAAUUACUUAGUAGCUGAUUGACUUAUACAUGCUCCUCCCACAGAUGCAUUCUUUUAUAACACUUUAGUGAGUUUAGACAAGCUUUACAGCCAGAUCACUAUGUAAUUUUGAAAAUGCUACUCUGCCAAGCUGGACUAUGCUGUUGUAGCUAAUUGAAACUAGGCAGAUUGUAAACAAUGACUUAGAACUAUCCCCCAUUCUAAAGUUAACUUGAUAAAGCAAUAACACAAAAAAACUAUACUAACAAGGUGACCUUUCACACUUAAGAGAAAAUAAAUCUAAUUUGAAAUAAGAAAGCAUCCAAAGUGUAAGUAUUUAAACAAAAGUUUUUAAGGUCUCUAACUUUGCAAUUUUAGCUAUGAAAGAACACCUGUGUGGGCUUGGCAUGUAUAAGUCAAUUAUUAAGCCCCUUUCUGAGCUGAAGUGAGCAUUAGAACACAGAACACUAAACUGACCAAUGCUGUGUCCCUCAGGAAUGGAUUUUGACAUGGCUGCCAUGAUGAUGUGCAAAUAUGGCUAGUUAAACUCUGCCCUUUUUUUGAUCAUAUGGUAACAUUCUCUGCCUUUCUUCCCCUCUCUCAUAUGCUUUGGUUUUUGUUUCAAAGCCAAACAAGGAGAAGCCCAUUAUCACUGUCACUUUAGACUGUCCAAAAGAUGAAAAUACCUGCUUGCAUAGGUGAAACAAAGAUGAUUCAUCAUGUAAAUAAGUAUAUUAAAAUGUUUGUGUACAUUCAAAAAACCAGCCCAGGGGAGAAGUGUUAAUUUUUUCUAACUGUACAUUGUAAAAGAAAUUGCUUUAUGUUUUUAAGCUGUUAAUCUGAACAGGAUGUUUAGUGGAUUUGCUAGAAAAAAUAAGUAAAACAUUCAGACCUCUCUGAGAUUGCAGAACACUCCCCUUCUCUUCCAUACUACUGUGCUGAAAAACUAAAAUGUCCCCCCCCCCAUUUGUAUUAUCCUGAGAUAUGCAGUUGGCCAGAUGACAUAGUGUGAUGUUACUGCUGUACUGGAAGACUGGCAUUUAGUUCCCAACAUUUUUGGUGCACUUCACAAAGCCUGGUACCACUUUAAGGGAUGGUUCUCUCAGUAAUGCUAAUGUUGCUAACAAUGAAUGCAAGCAGGUAUCCAUGACAUCGUUUUUGUAAUUCUAAUUGCUGGCUAUUCAUUGUUUAAUUGCAACUUUGCCAAUAAUGCUAAUCAUCCCUUUAAUGGGGAUUGUGGAGAUUUUUAAUUACAUUUUCUUUGCUAUCAUCUUUCUUUUACAUAAAGGAAUGGGAUAGGAUACUGGACUGGUCAUUAUCUCCCUUCCUUAAAAAGGCAGCUGUAUGACCUUUGACAAAUCUACCUAAGUUGCUUCUGUUCGUGUUCCUUUUUUUGUUCUUAAAUCAUCUUUUACUGAUGGCGACUCUCUGACAUAGGAGCAAGUGCAAGAAAGAGGACAAGAACAUAACUAAAUAGACUUGUCUUUUUGUUUCUUGGUUAGACUUUUUCUUUUGCAGCACAAUCAAGAUUUCUCACAAUCAGUCUGUAAACUCUGGGACUGAAAGAUGCCAAUGAAACGUAAGGAUGGGCAGUCAUGUUGUUGAAUGGUUUUGAUUACAUAUCUUUUCCAAAUUAGGAUAUUGUUCUUUGCUGAUUACCAGUGGUUUGUUAAAGGUGAAUUCCAUUGUUUUUUUUUUUAGAAUUCCCACAAAAUUAAGUCAUUAAGAUGUAAACAAAGACAUUCAGAGUAGUUUGAUGUGAAACUGAGUCAGGAUUUUCAUGGUGGUGGUGAUGGGAACCAGGGGCCAUAUUACAGAAACUUGGUCCUAAAUCUUAUCCGUUUAGUCACUAUGACAGCUUCAGUUAGGACUGUAUUUAGGACAGAAGCUAUUACAGAACAACAGUUCUUAAGUUCAUAAUCUUUUCCUAAUUCCACAUAAGAAAGUGUUCCAGCAACAUUCUAACUACACAAAACUUCCUAACUUUAAGACAACUCCAGGGGAGUCAUAAACUGUUUUACCUGGUCAUUUCUAUUGUUCUAUGCAGUGAUAGGCAGCAUUGUUCACUAUAAAUAGCCAGUACUAGUAGUAGUUAACUAUGCUGACCCUCACAUUUGCCUAAAAAUGAUAGAAACUGUUUUCUUAUCUGGAGUUAAAAUUAUGAACUUAAGAACUGUUGUUCUGUAAUAGCUUCUGUCCUAAAUUCAAUCCCUAAUGAGGUUGUCAUGGUGGCUAAACAGAUCAAAUUUCAGAGUUAAGGAGAAAUCAGUAAUUUAUCUACAACACACCAUUUCACAUUAGAUGAUUCUGAAUGAAUUUAGUAUGUGUUUUAAUUGAAGAUAUUGAAAAUUUGGCUUUACAGGUGAAUGUUAUUCCCAAAGCAACUAGGAUAAAACUUGAUUUCUUUCUUGAUUGUUUUGGUUUAAGAAAUAUCAUCACCAUGUCAACAUUUGGUAAAAUGAUCCAUCAGGAUACAAGUGACGAUCAAAUCAUAAGUGAAAAAGACCUUUUUUUUUUGUUUGUUUAGAUUUCAUACAAAUGGGUUAUGCUAGUGGUGAUGGGUAAUAAAGUUGCAAUUCUCUACUUGUCCCUCAAACUUUAAACUAGCAGAUUACACACUGCUCACCGUGCCCAAAAGAAACAUAAUCCUGCCUUUAACAGUUUUCUCAUGCACACAGACUCCUUCACUUGUACAUAAAGCAAACCCCUUUUCUUUAAGAAAAGCAUCAGUCAUCUUCAAAAUUUACCACUGUUGGCUGGGUUUAUAUUUUGUAUGAAAACAAACAAAAAAAACGAACUGUCUUCCUGUAGUAAUCACCAUGUUCAAUAUUGCACGAAGCAGCAAAGGGUUAACAAAAAAACUGGGGAGGACAAUUUGUUCUGUUGAGACA